CCGCUUUUUGUCGAAAGAAGCCAUUGAGGGGAUGAAGCUUCGAUUUGCUAAAUAUGAACCGCUUGGAGACUACAUUCCCUGAGGAUGUUCUUAACCCUCUUGAUGGAGGGUAUGGCUGGAUUAUUGUGGGCUCGUGCUUUAUCCUGAAUGCCUUCACUUGGGGUGUGAUAGCAUCUUUCGGCAUGUACCUAAUAGAAUAUAUAUCCUCCGAAAAGAUUGCGAAUGCUAAGCGGAUAGAAUAUAGACUUAUCGGCGGGCUGAACUUCAGUUAUGCCAUGCUCCUUGCUCCUCUAGUUACCCACCUUGCCAGUAGGUUCCGUUUAUAAGUUAUUAUGCUUUCUGGAUGCUUCUUACAAUAUAUUAGCUAUGUAGCUGCUUCCUUCGCCUCUAGAACAUGGCAUCUUUACCUUACUUAAGGGGCUCUGGUUGGCAGCAGGAUCGGUUUUAUUAUUAUACCUAGCACGGCAGUUCUAUCUUAGUGGUUUUCUAAACGGCGUAGCAUUGCCAAUAAUAUCAGCUCUGCUGGCUCUGGCAUCGGAGGAGCCGCCUUUACUUGGGGAGCAGCCGCAAUAAUCUAGCAUUAAGGGUUGGGCUAGGCACUCCGCAUAACAGGCCUCAUUACUCUCGCAGCUAUCAUACCAGCAACUCUCUUACUUUAAGACAGGAACUCUUAAAUCCAGCUAAACUAGCGUGCAGUUAACAUCGCCCUCCUUCAUUCCAAGGCGAUUAUCUUCCUUUUGAUGUAGGCUUUCAUCAGCAUAUUCAGGUAUAUUGUCUUGCUAUUUUCGCUAUCGGAGUUUGCUCUCGCCAUAGGGCUAUCCUAUAAACAGGCCACCGAUGUCGUCGGUUUCCUGAACGUGGGGACUGCUGUCAGAUGUCCCCUUAUUGGCCUUGCAAGCGAUCGUUUCUCUAGCAUUGCUACCGCCAGCGUGCUUACGCUUCUCUGUGGUCUCAUUUGUUUUGCCUUAUGGUUACUGGCUAAGUCCUUUGGACUGACAUUAUGCUUUUCCAUUCUUUAUGGGGCAAUCUUAGGGGGCUUCGCUGACAUUCCACAGACUAUUGGCCCCUUAUCGGCAGAAGUCGCGGGUCUCAGAAAUCUUCAAUCGAUGCUCUCCCUCGCUUGGGCUGCAACAAUCCUCCCUACUACCAUUGACCUUGACUUUUCAGCUGCCGAAGUCAUAGCUUUACUAUUGCAGGAUUUGCCAGGCCCAAGAACCUAUCUCUACCCCCAAAUCUUCGCAGGUAUAUCGUAUAUUAUUGCUAGCGGAUUCCUAGCAGCGUUGUGGAGAAACUUGCGG